GUGAAUUGCGAGUGUGGGAGGCCAGCACGGCGCGUUGUGUUUACGCUCAGACCCUUGGCUCCAGCCUUUCCGCUUCCUCUGAAGAGGAAGAGGACGACCCCCGCGGUCUUACACAUCUCCUCCACCUUCCCGCCUCCUCUCGACUGGCCACCGUCACAGCAGAGCACAACAUCGUCCUCUACCAGCUGCCUGCUCUCUCCACACAGCAGCAGUUUGUGGGAUACAAUGACGAAGUGCUGGAUGUGAAGUUUCUGGGGAAAGGAGACAGCCACAUAGUGGUGGCCACCAACAGCAGCCAGCUGAAGGUGUUUGAGCUGCUCACCAACAGCUGCCAGAUCCUCUACGGACACACAGAUACUGUCCUCUCGUUGGACGUGUUCAAAAAGGGUUCUCUGUUUGCGAGCUGUGCAAAGGACAGGUCAGUGCGUGUGUGGAAGAUGGACAGCGACAGUGGUCAGGUGCACUGUGUGGCUCAGGGCUCCAACCACGCUAACGCUGUGGGCUCCAUCACCUGCUCCAGGAUGAAAGCAUCUUUCGUAGUGUCUGGCAGUCAGGACUGUACGGUGAAGGUGUGGGAUCUCCCAGCAGACCUGUCCACAGCAGGGGCGGAGAUUCAACAGCUGACCCCCCGCGCCACAGAGAAGGCCCAUGACAAG